CGGCCCCGUGUCAUUCGAAUAAGUCGCCGCGUGUAUCCUCCUCUCGCCCUUAUCUCGCACGUACACCUCUUCUCUCUCUCUCUCUCUCUCUCGUUCUCCCUUUUCGCCCCCUUCUUACCGCCCCCGACGCGACCCCGGCGGGUCUCUCUUUCCCAGGCCCCGCUCCGUGCAUCGAAUCGCCAUCCCUCGCCAUCAUCAUCCAGCGCGGUGGCGGUGGAGGAGGCGGCGGUGGUGGUAGCGGCGGCAGUGGCGACAAACGGCGUGGCAGAAGGUGAAGAAGGCGGGCGAAGAGCACCGCGCGGAGUGGUAUUAAGCGGCAACACAGUGGCCCGAUGAAGCGGCGUAUGUGACAUCGGAUUUCCUCUCUCUUGCCACCGAGGAGAAGACACCUCGCAGACAUCUUGUUGCCACCGUCCACCACGCCGUCGGUCCUCCAUUCGCUUGGAGGGCAGUGGAGCAGCGACGCCAGAAAAUAAUACGAGCUGUGGUAGCCUUGCGGAAGCGUAAUAGUGGUUGGCUUCGGCCAACUGAGGCGAACGAGAUAUGGCUACGAUAGACGGCCGGCCGGCCCAGUAUGGUGUCACGCUUAAGCAACUUCGCGAGCUCAUGGAGCUUCGGGGACGAGAGGGUGUCAACAAAAUCAAUGGCUAUGGCGGUGUGCAGGAGAUUUGUAAAAAGCUGUAUACCUCACCCAGUGAAGGUCUCAGUGGGUCAACAGCCGAUAUUCAACAUAGGCGAGAUACAUUUGGUUCAAAUAUGAUACCGCCAAAGCCACCAAAAACGUUUCUACAAUUAAUAUGGGAUGCAUUGCAAGACGUCACGUUAAUCAUCUUAGAAGUAGCAGCAUUGGUUUCAUUAGGUCUUAGCUUUUAUCAGCCAGCGGAUAACGAGGAAAAAGCGUUAGUAGAUGAGGACGAAUCGAAAUACGGUUGGAUCGAAGGACUCGCUAUAUUGAUUUCUGUAAUUGUGGUGGUCUUAGUGACAGCGUUUAAUGACUAUUCCAAGGAGAGACAGUUUAGAGGUCUUCAAAGUCGUAUAGAGGGAGAGCAUAAAUUUUCGGUUAUUCGACAAGCAGAAGUAAAACAGGUCUCCGUGUCUGACAUUGUCGUCGGCGACAUCUGUCAGAUAAAAUAUGGAGACCUGUUGCCUGCAGACGGUAUUCUUAUACAAAGCAACGAUCUCAAAGUGGAUGAAUCCAGUCUGACCGGAGAGUCAGAUCAUGUAAAAAAGGGAGAAUCGUUCGAUCCUAUGGUGCUUUCAGGUACGCACGUGAUGGAGGGUUCCGGGAAAAUGUUAGUUACUGCAGUAGGUGUUAACUCCCAGGCCGGUAUUAUUUUUACUUUAUUGGGCGCUGCUGUUGAUCAACAGGAGCAAGAGAUCAAGAAAAUGAAGAAAGAGGCUAAAAAGCAGCGGAAGAAGAAGUCAUUACCAGGCGAAGAAGCGGUAGAGAUUACCGGGAACAGUCACGUGAGCGGCGGCGGCGGCGGCAAGCACGAGGGUGGCGAGAAUCAUCACGUGACUACGAGCGCCACGAGCUCCAGCGAGAGUAAGAAGGAGAAGAGUGUUCUACAAGCCAAGCUAACGAAACUCGCCAUAUACAUCGGUUACGCUGGCUCGACCAUAGCGAUACUCACUGUCGUCAUUCUAGUCAUACAAUUCUGCGUGACGACCUUCGUCAUUCAGGGCAAGGCGUGGAGGAACACGUACGCCGGUGAUCUAGUGCGGCAUCUGAUCAUCGGUGUGACGGUGCUCGUAGUCGCCGUACCCGAGGGUCUUCCUCUGGCUGUCACCUUGUCGCUCGCUUAUUCCGUCAAGAAAAUGAUGAAGGACAACAAUCUGGUGCGUCACUUGGACGCCUGCGAGACAAUGGGUAACGCCACCGCCAUUUGCUCGGACAAGACCGGCACCCUGACUACCAACCGAAUGACCGUGGUACAGUCGUACAUAUGCGAGAAGAUGUGCAAGACCACGCCGAACUUGUCAGACAUACCGAGCCACAUCGGCGAGCUGAUAAUACAAGCCAUCUCCAUCAAUUCGGCGUACACGUCCCGAAUAGUGGAGUCGCAGGACUCUACUGAAUUGUCGAUGCAGGUCGGCAACAAAACCGAAUGUGCCUUACUUGGAUUUGUGUUAGCCCUGGGCAAGAAAUAUCAAACUGUGCGUGACGACUACCCUGAGGAAACCUUUACGCGGGUGUAUACGUUUAAUAGUGUAAGAAAGAGCAUGUCUACUGUCAUUCCCAGGAGGGGCGGUGGAUUCAGGCUCUUCACCAAGGGCGCUUCCGAGAUCAUCAUGAAGAAAUGUGCCUUUAUAUAUGGUCGCGAAGGUCAUCUGGAGACGUUUACCAGAGAGAUGCAAGAGCGUCUGGUAAAGAACGUGAUCGAGCCCAUGGCAUGCAACGGUCUGCGCACCAUCUCCAUCGCUUAUCGCGACUUUGUUCCUGGCAAGGCGGAGAUCAAUCAAGUUCACAUCGACAACGAGCCCAACUGGGACGACGAGGAUAAUCUAGUGAACAACCUCACCUGCCUGUGCAUCGUCGGUAUCGAGGAUCCGGUACGUCCCGAAGUACCCGAAGCGAUUAAGAAAUGUCAAAAGGCCGGCAUCACCGUGCGUAUGGUGACGGGCGACAAUAUAAACACCGCGCGAUCCAUCGCGCUCAAGUGCGGUAUCCUGAAGCCGAACGAGGACUUCCUCAUCCUGGAGGGCAAGGAGUUCAACCGUAGGAUCCGUGACAGCAACGGCGAGGUGCAGCAGCAUCUUCUGGACAAGGUGUGGCCGAAGUUGCGCGUGCUCGCUCGAUCGUCGCCCACGGACAAGUACACCCUGGUGAAGGGCAUCAUCGACAGCAAGACGACCGACAGCCGCGAGGUCGUGGCCGUCACCGGCGACGGCACUAACGACGGCCCGGCGCUCAAGAAGGCCGACGUCGGCUUCGCGAUGGGCAUCGCCGGCACGGACGUGGCCAAGGAGGCCUCCGACAUCAUCCUGACGGACGAUAACUUCUCCUCGAUCGUCAAGGCGGUCAUGUGGGGCAGAAAUGUCUACGACAGUAUCGCCAAGUUCUUGCAGUUCCAGCUGACCGUCAACGUGGUGGCCGUGAUCGUCGCCUUUAUCGGUGCUUGUGCCGUGCAGGACUCGCCACUCAAGGCGGUACAGAUGUUGUGGGUAAAUCUAAUUAUGGACACGUUAGCGUCCCUCGCCUUGGCCACCGAAUUGCCUACGCCCGACCUUCUCCUCCGUAGACCGUAUGGUCGCACAAAACCACUCAUUUCCAGGACAAUGAUGAAAAACAUUCUCGGUCAGGCCGUUUAUCAGUUGACCGUAAUUUUUAUGCUUCUUUUCGUCGGUGACAAGAUGCUCGACAUCGACACGGGCCGCGGGGUCGCGGCGAUGGGUGGCGGGCCCACGCAACACUUCACCGUCAUCUUCAACACGUUCGUCAUGAUGACUCUCUUCAACGAAUUCAACGCUAGGAAAAUUCACGGUCAACGCAAUGUCUUCCAGGGAAUAUUCACCAACCCCAUCUUCUACUCGAUUUGGGUCGGCACGUGUUUCUCGCAAGUGGUCAUCAUACAAUACGGUAAAAUGGCAUUCAGCACUAGAGCUCUCACGUUAGAACAGUGGAUGUGGUGCCUGUUCUUCGGAUUCGGUACGCUAUUGUGGGGCCAAGUAGUUACGACUAUUCCUACACGCAAGAUUCCCAAAAUUCUUUCAUGGGGCCGCGGCCAGCCAGAUGAUAUCGGCGCGAUGAAUCUAGGAGACGAGAAAUUCGACCCCGACUCGGAUAAAAAGCCGCGCGCAGGACAAAUUCUGUGGAUCCGUGGUCUUACACGGCUACAAACACAGCUUCGAGUAAUCAGAGCGUUCAAGUCGACUCUGGAAGAUCUGGAGGAGCGUCGCUCUGUCCAUAGUUUACACAGCUUACACAGUAUGCGCAGUUCACGCAGCCACACCGGGCCCCGACCACUCUCUGACUUCACAUACAUUGACGAAGACCCGACAAACACCGCGCAGAACGCCGCCAACAGGUCCUCCUCCAAUAGGAGUGCCGAGCCGACUCAGGAUUACGAGACUAACUACAGAGGAUCCAGGAUGCAGUCCCUCAACAGCCCCGCCUCGCCGUUGUUGCUGAGCGUGACUGGACCGGCCAACGCGUACAAUCAUCAUUACACCAUCAACACCACUACCGACAAUAGAUUCCCCUCCAGUAACGCCCUCAAUCAGCCCCUGAGCCCCAACCAUACGGCGCAGACGAGCAGUAACAGAGACAACACCGGGAAUUCCCUGCUCCUGAGUUCCAACAACUUGGUGCUACCGGAGCUGACUAAGCUCGUGCACGAGACCAGCAUCUAAGAAUCUUCUUCUCUCUCUCUCUCUCUCUCUCUUUCUCUUUCUCUCUUAUCUCUUCAUGUCGUCCCAUCAAACCUCCCUCCAUUCCUUUCUGUUUGUUUUCGUCGCUUUCGAUCGUCACACUCUCCCGCAUUUUCCCCGUGUCAUGCUGUUCUCUCGUCUCGAAUCUACCUGUCUCCGUUCUUUGCUUCGACGUCUCUCAUCCCGAUCCUUCUUCUUUUCUUCUUCGUGACUCUCACUCUUCUUCCUCUACUGUGUAGAAGGAUUUGUAUAUACUCUCUCCCUUCUGUGCUCUUGUCCUCGUACAUUCCGCGAGAUUUCGUCUCGCCCCGAUUUCGUCGGCGUGACGAAACGGCGAGUGUUUCGUCGCCCGAGGGUCGGUCAGCGAGGAACGUCCCACGUGGACGUAGACGACAGGGACAAUACACACUCCCGUGUCCGCGUUUCGUUCCCUCUCCCUCUCUUCUGAGAUCUGUCGUCCAUGUCGUCUCUUUCCACCUCUUUUUCGCGAAAACGUACUUAUCGCAACUUUGCUCGUUCCGGUCAUCGAGUUUUCUGUCCCUUCGAUUGCAUCUNCUCUCUCUCUCUCUCUCUCUCUCUCUCUCUCUCUCUCUCUCUCGUUUCCCGCUACCUUUCCCGACUCCUUGCCGGAAAUAUCUUAUCACUCGCUCAACGGGGACGGCGGAACUGAUUUGAUCUCGAAAAAAGUCAAAAACGCGCCGAUUCAGGAUACGCUUACACAAACGAACAAAAUAGGACAUUCGCAAAUUGUGUGCUACUGAAAAGGGAAAGAAGGAAUUGAGGGCUAUGGUGUACUUAACGCGCGAUGUUCGCGAAAUGAUUAGGCGGGAGGGGCGGAAGGGAAGGAAAUAGAGAUAGGAGUGGUCGCGCGUCGACGGUGAGAGAUCUCGCCGCCUGGGUCCUCGUACUCCGCGAAACGAAUCAUCGCAAUGCCUCGCGAAUGACACGUUCUCGUACAUGGGGCCACACUAUCAGAUACAUACAGGGGUCUCGCUUUCUACCCGCUUCUCUCCUAUACUCGACACUUGUACCGGGUGAAAGUACUGUUUUCGUACUUGAGACUAGCGGAAUGUCGCGUGCGGUCUUUCCGGAUAUUUCUCUUUCUCUUUUCUUCCUUUUUUUAUCGUGUGCAGUGAAACUAUAUGAGCUAAAAGAAGAACAGAAGAAACGAAAAACAACCAUAAUCGGGAGAUGGCUUGAAAGCAACCAGUUAACAUUAUUCCCGGCAGCUGAGACAUUCUUACCCGAUUUUUUAUCGGUCCCAAGUAACCUGAGGAAACAUUUUCAAGUAAGGUGAAUGCACGAAUACCUUGACAUUGUUGCGCGUGGAAUAUCCGGUGAUAAGUUUCGAGUGAUCGUAUUUAUGAAAGAACUCGCGCACCCGCGAGAAAUGAAAAUAGUACUCCACUCGUCCUUGAAAACACGUAGACAGCGCUUAAGUGCUUGUCCGCUUGUAACUGACCCUCCCCCGUACAACUCGUAUAACUUAUUUACCUCCCCCCCCCCCGUAUACCUAUCUAUCUACCUAUACUUACAUUUACCGACCAAUAAUUGGUGAUAAGAUAGCAAUCUUCGCUACAAUUAGGUCUUCAUUCACGUAGAUCCUUCGCAAAUUAAAUACAGACCGUAUAGGUUACCGCCUACGUAGCCUAUCUUAUAUUUACUAUAUUCUCGUUUAGGGGUAGGGUACUACUAUAUCGUCUAUAAUGGUAAGGGCGCGAAAUUGUUACGAACCCUUAGCGAAGGGUUGAAGAAAUACUCUCCUAAAAGUCAAUAUUCGAUCGCGAUAGAAACAAAUAAUGACUCGAUUUCAGCGGAAUCGUUUCAUAAGGGACCAUUUCUCUUUUUAGAAAAUCGCUCAGCUACUCUCUCUCUCUCUCUCUCUUUCUUUCUUUCUCUCUGUCUUUGUCUGUCUGUCUGUCUCUCUAUCUAUCUGUCUGUCUGCCUUCGAGCAUUUGCCAAUUCGAUGGUCGGUAGUGGCACACUUACACUCUCGUUCGCUUGUCUGUUUGAGAUUGAAUGUGAAAUGUGUCUGUUUGUCCGACCGCGCGAUGUAACUAUGAGCCGAUGGGGUUCGUCGAAGAUACGAUGAUGACGAUGACGACGCCGAAGUGUCACUAAUCUACCUCGACAGAGCGCGAUUGUCCAUGACGAUCGUCGCGGACUGACACUAUUAACUGCCCUUUGCGAGUGCGCUGAAGAAAAAUACUUUCCGUCGUCUCCCGCGGGGCGCAAGACGCGUUUCAGCGUUGCUCGAGCGCAAUCUACGAUCUACCUCGAUCUUCCCGCGUUCUUCCCCCACCACACCGUCGGGGGGUAUUUCCGUCUCUCGGGGCUGAAUGUACUUAUAUACCCUCACACAUCGGUCUCUUCUAUUUGUCGCGACUUCACCGUGACGCGGGGCCAGGUCUACGUGCUCUGUAAUUUCGACAGGCCGACUUGACAAAAUUGAGUCCACGAAGCUGAAAGAACGGGAUUUCCUUUUCAGGAAAUUGACAAUGAAAAUUUCACCCAACCUCGCGCGUUCGCUGUAAUUUGAUUUGAUUUCCGCAAGAUUUGUUGGUGAAGUGUCUCGUUGCUUCUUUCGAACUCACCGAUUGAAAAAUUAAUCGCGAAGAAGGAGAUAUAAAAUAUUUUCAUUUGGGAAACCAUCCGAAGAGCUGUCCGUGUCAAUCUGGCCCCCAGUCACGAGUCCUCCAUGUCUUUUCGACUUGAUUUUGUGACAAAUCUCGAGCAUUAAUGUCCCGGUGUCUCUCUUUUCUCUCUCUCUGUCCCUCCUCCCCCCUCUCGACCUCUUUCAUUAUAUCUGCAUUUUUGUCUCCGACUCUCUUCGAAUAAUCGGAUCCUGCGAGUCUCUCUGCAAGACUCCUCACGGAGUGCACGGCUCUAGCAACACAUCCGGAUUCUCUCUAUUUGUCUCUUUUCUUCUCUCUCUCUCUCUCUCUCUCUCUCUCUCUCUCUCUCUCUCUCUCUCUCUAGUUCGCACAAACAUACAUACAUAUAUACGACUGCUCGGGAGAAAUUGCGGGGGCUCAGAGACAUUGGGAAGCGUCCCAGAGACAGGAAUCCCAUCCUCACUUGAGUGUAUCGCUAAAGAGAGAAGCAAAAAAGGCAAAAGAAAAAAAAAGAAACUUCCGUUGGAAUUUGGUUCCAUCGUGGAAUGAAAUUAAUAACGACCGCGUACGAAAAUAGCACUAGAUAGGUUUAACCACACUUAUGUUCUCCGUCGAGCAACAGCGUCGAACGAUCGAGCGGACACACGACGAUGAUGAUAACAAUGACGAUGACGAUAAUGACGAUGACGUUGUUACGGACGGAGAGACCGAGAGGAACACUCUCGCUCGAUAUUAAUGUAAGUUCUAUUUAAUUUUAUGUUGCUCCCUCUUAUUUAUGAGCCUUGUAACUUAAAAGAAUGAAGGAACCGGGGGUUCCAAGUGCGCUUUCUAACGAACACGCGUCGGCCGAAUUCGUUGUCGACCGUGAAGAAUCGUGCUCUGGCAUCCCCGUGGAGUCGCCAUCGCAUACUGAACUCGCGUGCCCGGGGAGACCGAAAUCGGUAUCGCCUCGACGAAUCCGAACUGUCCGCGCUGCAAGCACGCGAAAGCGACCGCUUUGCGUUUUCUUAUUAUCAGUUAGCUCGAUGAAAAUUUAAUUGGACAACUCUCGUGACGAUGAAAACGCAACGCUCGCGCCGAGGAUCCGUUCUUUUUCUGUAGCGCCCAUGAUCCAACUUGUCGAGAUUAUAUCGGUUUUAAUCUCUCUGCCGGUGCUUUCCUCCACGUUCCAUUUUCCCGCGAAAAAACGGAAUACUUUAAGAAGGGAAUUCGUCGAGAACGAAAAAUGUACUUAAUCAUCGGGAUCUCUAAUAUAUAUUUAUCUUUUCUUACGUA